AUGAAAUAUAGUCUGCAUGCUCUAUCCUUGUCCUCGGACUUGGGGACCGCCGAGGAAAUUGCAUUUCGUCUAAAACAGGACCAGCAACUGUGUCAUGAUAAAAAGCGACCGAGUAGCCUUGUCCUACAGCUGUCCAAAACACCACCAGAGUUCUUGAACGAAAUAUCGUGGCAUCUCAUACCCGAUGAAAAGUUGUCUCAUGAGCUUCGAAUUGGUCGAUUCAGAAACGUUAUCGAAGGAAUCAAGGACUACUUGGAUCAACUCGAUAAUCCCAGCGCAGACGAGGCCGAAGCUAUCGCUGCUCGUCUUAGACGAGACCAAGAGCUAUGCCGCCAAAAAAAGAUUCCUAGCACUCUUGCCUGUCGUCUACCAAGUGCACAGUCUUCUCUCUUUGAGGCAAUCGCCUGGCAUCUCACACCUCACGUCGACGUCCCAAAGGCUCUUCGAUUAAAACGAUGCGAAAGCAUCAUCGAAGGGAUCAAGGCUUAUAUCGGUCAGCUAGACCGUAUAGAAGGUGACACCGAUGAGGACGCCUUGAUAAAUGGGACUGCGCAUAUUCCUAAGAACGAAGAAUUUGAGGCAGCGCUCAAAGUCCUGGACUAUCUCCAGUCAAAUGACUCGGAAUCACAAACCACGCUCUCGAGUCCACUGACGGAAGUCAUUGCGGCCAUACGGGCGCAAAUCUCGAUGGACAGCAAUACCCGCAUUGAAUACGCCAAACAAGCACGCAAAGCUCAAAGUGCAGAGCAAAAGGCGAAAGCGUGGCGAUGUUACAUGUGUCGCCAGAAGUGCACCAUCCUCAACGUCCAUGACCUGUACCCCUCGCUGUGCCGCCCCUGCGGGGCCUUCAACCUUAGUUCUUCACAACUGUCACGCCCUGAUAAGUUAGACCUCGCCGGAAAAAUCGCCCUUGUCACCGGUGGAAGAAUCAAUCUGGGAUACCAUACGGCUCUGAGGCUGCUCCGCUGUGGUGCAAAUGUGAUCGUGUCUUCUCGUUACCCUGCCGAUGCGGCAGAUCGGUAUUCCAAAGAAGCCGAUUUCACGCAGUGGGAGCCCAAACUAAAGGUUGUCGGUGCUGAUUUUCGGACCGCGCAGGAUGCUUUCCGGCUGGUUCAUGUGGUGAAGGAGCUGUUAAGGUCUUGGAACGAAGACACCGGAUCGACGCAGCAGAGGACCCUCGAUAUCUUGGUUAAUAAUGCGGCGCAGACCUUGACAGAUGCAGUGAAAGCAGAAAUUAGGGCCAUAUCUCGUGAAGACCAGUUGAGAGAGCUCACACCAACCAAGAAACUGCUGGUGGACUAUAUUGGCCACGCCUAUCAGCCCCGAAUCAGGGGCGGUGCGCAAGAGUCUUGGAUCCCACGUAUCCAGAAUGGAACCGAGAAAUUGCAAAUCGACAAUACAAAGGAAAACAAAGAGAGGGCCAAUCCUCAUAAAGGUCUUCAUACAACUGGUGAUGAAGAUCCAAACAAGUCAUCAUGGGUGCAGUCUCUCCAAGAGAUCCCGUACGAAGAUCUCAUUACCGCACAUUCCGUGAACGCCUUUGUCCCACUGAUUCUGUGCCGUGAACUACUCCCUUGCAUGGGAAACGAUAAGACCACAUCAGUCACCAAGCCUCUGGGAUACAUUAUCAAUGUCUCUUCUCGAGAAGGUAUUCUCGAGGAUACGCCGAAGUCCCGCAGCAAGGCCGGUCAUCACGUCCACACGAACAUGUCCAAGGCAGCUAUCAAUAUGAUCACCGAGACAGAAGCGAUGCCAGCGUGGAGUAAUCGACGUGUGGCUAUGAAUUCAGUGGAUCCAGGGUACAUGAGUGCGGCUCCAGAGUAUCAGAGAGCCGAGGGAUGCCCUAUCGGCUUUGAGGAUGGUGCUGCUCGCGUAUUGUGGCCAAUUGUUGUUGGAGAACGGGAGGGCAGGGUAAUUGCGGGCCGGUUUUUGAAGCAUUUCGAGCAAGGAGCGGCGGUGAUCAGGCGAGGAUAG